UCCCACACUGAACGCCGCGGCGCAAGCAAAUUGACCCGUCACUUACACUCCCUCUCCAUUGUGUGUCACUGUCACUCAUGGAGCCACUACCGAUGGUGCUGCCGCUCGCCGUCAUCGCCCUCUCAUCCCUCCUACAUUGCACAGCUGUCGCCGCCGCCGCCGGCACGCCUCCACGGUUCAACUCCAUCUUCAGCUUCGGCAACUCCUACGCGGACACCGGCAAUUUCGUCCGCCAGUGCGCCGGCCUCCCCGCCGUCGCCUUCAACCACUCCCCCUACGGCGAGACUUUCUUCCGCCGCCCCACCGGGCGCCCGUCCGACGGCCGCCUCAUCAUCGACUUCAUCGCGGAGGCGCUGGAGCUUCCUCUCGUGGCGCCGUUCCUCUCGCGGCAGCCGCAGGACCUCAGCCACGGCGCGAACUUCGCCAUCGUCGGCGGCACGGCGCUGGACGUGGGGUUCUUCCUCCGGCACAACGCGGCCAGCGUGCCGCCGUUCCGGAGCUCCCUGCGCGUGCAGAUCGGGUGGUUCCGCAGGCUCAGGCGGUCGCUGUGCAACUCCACUGCCGCGGCCGCGGGGUGCGGGGAGCGCCUGGUGGCGAGGUCGCUGUUCGUGGUCGGCGAGCUCGGGAGCAACGACUACGGCUACUUCCUCGCCGGCGGCAAGAGCCUCCAGGAGGCCAAGUCCCUCGUCCCGGAGGUCGUGAAAGCCAUCUGCAGAGGCGUCGAGAGGCUUGUGGAGGAGGGAGCGAGGUACGUGGUGGUGUCGGGGACGCUGCCGGCGGGGUGCCUGCCGAUGGCGCUGGCCAAGUACGGCGCGGCGGGGAACGCGACGGCGGCGGAGCACGAGUACGACCACCGGACGGGGUGCCUGCGGCGGCUCAACGGCCUGGCGCAGUACCACAACUGGAUGCUGCGGGAGGCGGUGGCGCACAUGCGCGCCAAGUACCCGGCUGCCAAGCUCGUCUACGCCGACUUCUACCGCCCGGUGGCGCGGCUCGUCCGGCGGCCCACCAAGUUCGGGUUCAGCGAGGGGCCUCUCCGGGCGUGCUGCGGCGGGGGCGGGCCGUACAACUACAGCCCUGAGGCAGCCUGUGGGUCACCUGGCGCAACCGUCUGCGGCGACCCGUCCGCGUAUGUGCACUGGGACGGCAUCCACUUGACAGAGGCCGCCUACAAGUACAUCGCCAAUGGCUGGCUGAAUGGCCUUUACGCCUACCCAUCCAUUCUAGACUUGGCGCAAUAGGCUAAUGCAAAUCUUGUCUUUUUUCACUAAUGAGCAGUAUCCGGGUAGAUUAUGUACACGAUUUU